CAGCGCUAAGGUGACCCGCACUUCGGACGGUCUUUAGAACGGUGCAACAGUGUGUGGUCUUGGUGCAGUAACAACUAUAUAGCCAGCAAUGUCUCUCUCCAACAAACUCACCCUGGAUAAGGUGGACGUUAAGGGAAAGAGGGUGAUUAUGAGGGUUGAUUUCAAUGUCCCCAUGAAGAACAAUGCAAUCACAAACAACCAAAGGAUCAAAGCGGCUAUUCCAAGCAUCAAGCACUGUUUAGACCAUGGAGCCAAGUCAGUGGUUCUCAUGAGUCACUUGGGCCGUCCAGAUGGGAAUCCCAUGCCUGAAAAGUAUUCAUUACAGCCAGUGGUGGCCGAACUGAAGACCCUCCUUGGCAGGGAUGUCAUUUUCAUGAAGGAUUGUGUUGGUGAUGAGGUGGAAAAGGCCUGUGCAGAUCCUCCAUCUGGCACAGUGAUACUUUUAGAGAACUUGCGCUUUCAUGUAGAAGAAGAGGGCAAGGGGAAGGAUCCUUCUGGAAACAAGACAAAGGCAGAACCCUCUAAGGUGGAGGCUUUCCGUGCAUCUCUUUCCAAGCUUGGCGAUGUGUAUGUUAAUGAUGCUUUUGGAACUGCACAUCGAGCUCACAGCUCAAUGGUUGGAGUUAACUUGCCUCAGAGAGCAUCUGGUUUCCUAAUGAAGAAAGAGCUAGACUACUUUGCCAAGGCUUUGGAGAACCCUGAGCGACCUUUCUUGGCUAUUCUUGGAGGGGCUAAAGUCCAAGAUAAGAUCCAGCUCAUUAACAACAUGUUGGAUAAAGUCAAUGAAAUGAUUAUUGGAGGAGGCAUGGCUUUUACAUUCCUUAAAGUUCUUAACAACAUGGAGAUUGGAAAUUCGUUAUAUGAUGAGGAAGGGGCAAAGAUUGUUAAAGACCUUAUGGCCAAGGCAGCAAAAAACAACGUGACAAUCACUUUGCCUGUUGAUUUUAUCACAGCUGACAAAUUUGAUGAGAAUGCUGCUUCUGGAUCAGCCACUGUUGAAUCUGGAAUUCCUGCUGGCUGGAUGGGGUUGGACUGUGGCCCUGAAAGCUCCAAAAAGUUUGCAGAUGCUGUUGAAAGGGCUAAGCAAAUUGUGUGGAAUGGACCUGUUGGUGUGUUUGAGUGGGAAAAAUAUGCAGCAGGAACCAAAAACCUCAUGGAUAAAGUAGUAGAGGCCACAAAGAAGGGAUGCAUCUCUAUCAUUGGUGGUGGAGACACUGCAACUUGCUGUGCAAAAUGGAAUACAGAAGACAAAGUCAGUCAUGUUAGCACUGGAGGUGGAGCCAGUUUGGAGCUUCUGGAAGGUAAAGUUCUUCCUGGUGUGGAUGCACUGAGCAGUAAAUAAGCAGACUGAAUAUUUCAACAAAAGUCAUCAGUAUGAAGCCCCUGAAAACAACAACCACUGCGUAUUUAGCAUUGCAGCAGCACAAAAGAUUUACUAAGGUAUAAAGGAUUCCCUAAUGAACCUCCACAGACAAUUGUAAAAACUGCUUUUGGCUAGAGGGCUGUGGACAAAAUGUACUUUUUGCACUUUCCCUUUGCUGAGAUUCACAAGCUACAGUUUUACCUACUGAAAUUCAUGUACCCCUUUUUGUUAUCUCCCAAAGUCUUGUGUUUCAUGAAGUGUCCACUGACUUUGUGUGUGUGUGUGUUAGAAUUUUAUGUGGUAUUAGUUUGCCUCAGCCACAUUUCAAGAUCUUCUACUGAGGCUGUGAUGUUCCUUAUCUAUGCCCUAGUGUCCAUUGUAGCCAGUACUGUAUUAAAGUAGAGUGUGAACUUGUUAUACACUUUGGAAUCAUUAGUGCUGAAAUUCAGUGGCUGCUAAUAAACUGGAGAAUGAGAGAAA